AUGGUCUCUGUGGAAAAAGAAGUUGUUCCAUUUGUACAACUAAUUUAUCCUGCAAAGGCCAAGGGAAUGGUUGAAAAAUGGUUGUUGCAAGUUCAAGAAGCAAUGAUUAGCAGCAUCCGACAUGUAAUAUCUGAAGCUUGCCAGGCUUAUACAGAAACAGAUCGCAAGGACUGGGUUUUGAACUGGGCAGGACAAGUUGUGAUCUGUGUCAGCAGCAUCUUUUGGACAGCAGAAGUUACUAAUGCAAUAACAAUAAAAGAUGGUCUUAAGGAUUAUCUUAUUAAAAGUAACAAACAAAUUGAGCAAAUUGUUGAAUUAGUGCGAGGCCAACUAAGUAGCGGAGCUCGGAUUACCCUUGGCGCUCUCACAGUUAUAGAUGUACAUGCUCGUGAUGUGGUAAAUGAACUGAUUGCAAACAAUGUGGUCAAUACUAAUGACUUCUCGUGGCUGUCUCAGUUGCGAUAUUACUGGGACACUGAUGUUUCUGUAUGCAUGAUCACUACAAACAUCAAGUAUGGCUAUGAGUAUUUGGGCAACUCUAGUCGUUUGGUCAUCACUCCUCUUACAGACCGAUGCUACAGAACACUAAUGGGUGCUUUGAAAUUAAAUCUUGGAGGUGCUCCUGAAGGACCAGCUGGUACUGGAAAAACAGAGACCUGUAAAGAUCUUGCCAAAGCUGUUGCCAAACAGGUACUUUCUUUUCUGUGUGUUGUAUUCAAUUGUUCUGAUGGCCUCGAUUAUCAAGCCAUGGGGAAAUUCUUUAAGGGCCUUGCUCAAGCUGGUGCUUGGGCCUGCUUUGAUGAGUUCAAUCGUAUUGAAUUGGAAGUGCUCUCUGUUGUGGCCCAACAAAUCCAAUGCAUUCAGAUUGCCAUUUCCAAUCAAAAAGUAAAAUUUCUUUUUGAAGGCACAGAAUUAAAUCUUGAUCCCACUUGUACCAUGUUCAUUACCAUGAACCCUGGUUAUGCUGGCCGACAGGAGUUACCUGAUAAUCUUAAGGUUCUAUUCCGAACUGUUGCUAUGAUGGUUCCAGAUUAUGCCCUAAUUGGUGAAAUUGUUCUCUAUUCUAUGGGCUUUGUUGAUGCCAGAAGUCUUGCUGGGAAAAUUGUUGCCACUUACCGUCUCUGUUCAGAACAACUUUCUUCACAACAUCACUACGAUUAUGGAAUGCGUGCAGAUGUCCCAUUAUUUGAAGGUAUCAUCUCUGAUUUAUUUCCUGGUGUCAACUUGCCUCAACCUAACUAUGGAGUCUUUAUGGAUGCUUUAAAAGAAAAUGUCAAAAAGAAACAAUUACAACCAGUUCCAUGGUUUUUGAACAAAAUUGUACAGAUAUAUGAAAUGAUUCUUGUUCGUCAUGGUUUAAUGGUUGUGGGAGAAGCACUUGGAGGCAAAACAAUGGCUUAUCAGGUUUUGGCAGCAGCUCUAACUGAUCUUAAUAAAGCUGAACAGUUCAAUGAGCAUAAAGUCAAAUACAGAAUCAUUAACCCCAAAUCUAUAACAAUGGGCCAACUUUAUGGAUGCUUUGAUCCGGUUUCUCAUGAAUGGUCUGAUGGUGUUUUAGCUAAUACAUUCAGAGAAUAUGCUUCUGAGCAAACAGAAGACAGAAAAUGGAUUUUGUUUGAUGGUCCUGUUGAUGCUGUAUGGAUUGAAAAUAUGAACACUGUUUUAGAUGACAACAAAAAGUUAUGCUUGAUGAGUGGAGAGAUCAUUCAGAUGAGUAAUUCAAUGAACCUCAUCUUUGAGCCUGCAGAUCUGGAACAAGCCUCCCCGGCCACCGUCAGUCGUUGCGGCAUGAUUUACAUGGAGCCAGAUGAGUUGGGGUGGAGGCCACUCAAAGAGUCCUAUAUGGAACAUGAACUACCCUCACAUUUAGAAGAUGAUCACCGACACCUGAUCAACGAUUUGUUUGAAUGGCUUCUACCUCCAUGUCUGUACUUCAUCCACCACCAAUGUCGCUUGUUUAUUCAAGUGUCAGACAUGCAUUUAGUACAGUCACUACUCAAGCUCUACUCCUGUCUUAUGGAUGAAAUCAAGACUGCAGAGAAUGAUGGCCGGGGUCUCUCCAGUCAGCAGAUCUUCCUUUGGCUGCAAGGAUUAUUUCUGUUUUGUGUGAUUUGGACUAUUGGCUGUAUAACAGUUGGGGAUUCACGUAGACUGUUUGAUGAAUACUUCAGGACAUUGAUUAGUGGUACAGAUCCUGAUCAUCCCAAACCAAAGACAAUCAAAAUCACAAAGAGUAAUGCAGUUCCUGAGAAAGGAACAGUUUUUGAUUAUUGCUUUGAGAAGAAAGGCUCAGGAAAUUGGAUUAACUGGAUGGAUACUUUGGACAAAGGAAUUCAGUCUAUACCGCCAAAUGCUAAGGUGAGUGAACUGAUAAUCCCCACAACAGAGACCAUAUUUCAGCAGUAUUUCCUCAAUACCUACUUGUCCCAUGAAGUACCUCUGCUUCUUGUGGGUCCCACUGGAACUGGAAAAUCGGCCAUUACCAACAGCUACCUAGUUAAAUUGCCCAAAGAAAUCUAUAUUCCAAAUUGUGUGAAUUUCUCUGCUCGUACUACAGCUUUCCAAACUCAGGAAAUCAUUAUGGCCAAACUAGACAGGAGAAGAAAAAGUGUGUAUGGUCCUCCAGUAGGCAAAAAGUUGGUGGUAUUUGUAGAUGAUUUAAAUAUGCCUGCCAAAGAGAAAUAUGGAGCCCAACCACCCAUAGAAUUGUUAAGACAAUGGCUGGACCAUGGUCAUUGGUAUGACAAGCGAGACACCUCAAAAUUAAUUCUGCAAGAUGUGCUUUUUGUAUCAGCUAUGGGCCCACCUGGAGGAGGUAGAAAUACCAUUAGCACGAGGUUCACUCGUCACUUGAAUAUUAUAACAAUUAAUGAAGGAGAUAAUCCAUAUUUUGCAAACCCAGAGAAGAAGCGCUCAUAUGAUGAAAUACAAGACCUAAAGGAACUCACAAAAAUAAUGGAACAUUACCUGGAUGAAUGUAAUGCUAACAGCAAGAGUCCAAUGUCUCUAGUGAUGUUUAAAUUUGCCAUUGAACACAUUUCUAGAGUUAGCCGUGUCCUAUUGCAGGAUAAUGGACAUGUGCUUCUUAUUGGAAUUGGUGGCAGUGGGCGCCAAAGUGUUACCAAACUUGCUUGUCACAUGGCAGAAUAUGACAUGUUCCAGAUUGAAAUUACUCGCAAUUAUACAAAAGUUGAGUGGAAAGAUGAUCUGAAAAAGCUUCUGCGAAAUGCAGGAUGCAAUGCAAAACCGCAUGUGUUCCUUUGCUGUACAAUUGAUUGGUUCCAGGCCUGGCCCUCAGAUGCUCUGGAAAUGGUGGCAAAUAAAUUCUUGGAAGAUACUGAAAUGGAUGAUAAAAUAAAACAAGAAUGUGUAAUAAUGUGUAAACAUUUCCAUGAAAGUGUACGGAUUAUGUCAGAAAAGUAUUUUGACAUUUUGCGCCGACAUAAUUAUGUCACACCGACAUCUUAUCUGGAAUUGAUUUUAACAUUUAAGAAUCUUUUGGCAUCUAAACGUACAGAGGUUCUUACUAUGAAGAAUCGCUAUCUAACAGGUCUGGAUAAACUUGACUUUGCUGCCUCUCAAGUGGUUGCAGCAGAUGAAGCUAUAGCGAAUGAAGCAGCUGCAGCUGCCCAAGCUAUAAAAGAUGAAUGUGAGAGUGACUUAGCAGAAGCUAUUCCAACUUUGGAAUCUGCUAUUCAUGCCCUGAAUACUUUGAAACCAUCAGACAUCACACUGCUCAAAAGCAUGAUGAAUCCUCCUCUUGUUGUCAAAUUGGUAAUGGAGGCUGUGUGUGUCAUGCUGAGCAUAAAGCCAGAACGUAAACCAGAUGGAAGUGGUAAAAUGGUUGAUGACUACUGGAUUCCAUCCCAAAAACUCCUUGGGGACCUCAGAUUUCUGGAGAGGCUCAAAACUUACAACAAAGAUAACAUCCCUGCUGCAAUCAUGAGUAAAAUUCGAAAAACCUAUAUUCCCAAUCCAGAUUUUGAUCCAAAUGAAAAAAAAAAUGUUCAUAACAAAGUUAAAAUUAUGUUUUGGAUCAGAGAUUAUUUCAAUGCCAAUUAUGUACGAACAUUAGAGAAUUGCAUCCAGUUUGGCACUCCCCUCCUCCUGGAAAAUGUGGGUGAAGAAUUGGACCCUCUUCUGGAACCAGUCUUACAGAAAUCAACCUUCAAACAACAAGGAGUUGAAUACCUGCGCUUGGGUGACAAUGUUAUAGAAUAUUCUCAUGAUUUCCGACUUUAUAUCACAACACGGCUUCGAAACCCUCAUUACCUUCCUGAAGUAUCUGUAAAGGUGUGUCUGUUGAACUUUAUGAUCACUCCUCAAGGACUUCAGGAUCAGCUGCUUGGCAUUGUGGCUGCCAAAGAGAAACCAGAACUGGAAGAAAAGAAAAAUGAACUCAUUCUUGAAAGUGCAGCAAAUAAUAAGCAAUUAAAAGAAAUUGAAGAUAAAAUUCUGGAAGUGUUGUCAGCCUCAGAGGUUAGUCAAUUUUGUUGA